AUGGCAAGGUUUGCUCUUCUUCUACAGGUCCUAUCGUGGGCUGUCCUGAGCUAUGCGCUUGAUAUCACUGGGCGGAUUGCUUGGAAUAGCGUUUGCUCAAACGCAACAUCCCUUGGACAGGCAAAAGUUUGUCUGAAUGAGGGUACUUUUCGUGGGAGCAUAACGCGCGGUGGAAAGUUUGUAAUACCAGAUGUUCCCCAGGGCACAUAUAUUUUAUCGAUCUCUUCCCAUGAUCACUCCUUUGAGCAGCUUCGCGUAGAUGUUACGGACUCUUCUCUUCCACCAGAAGUUCGACCGUACAUUGCUGGCACUCCCCUGAAUCCACCAUCUUCCGUUCUCCUCCCGUAUCCCAUCGUUUUGUCACCGAAAGAUAAGAACGUGUAUUUCGUCCCUCCAGAGAGCUUCAACCUCACGGGGAUGCUUGCCAACCCCAUGAUGCUGUUGAUGGUUGGGGCUGCUGUAAUGGUAUUUGCAAUGCCCUAUCUUAUGAAAAAUCUAGACCCAGAGGCCCUCGAAGAGUUCAAGGAGCAACAAAGCAAGGUGAAUGGCAUCCAAAGUGCAUUCCAAACCGGCGACUUCAAAUCUGGGUUUUCUGCUCUUAUGACAGGCGGUGAAGGUCCCGCCCCGCAGGCGCCAACGAAAGCACCUCAACCUGCAGGUACUGCCAAGGGACGAUCAUCCAAGAAAGCAAGACGAUAG